GGUAUAAAAGCAAAUGAGACAACUUCUCAGGCAUCUAGUUAAAAAACUGAACUGUCACCGAGCGAACACACAAGAAACAAGCGAGCGAGGAAAAUGUUCUCCCCAAAUAAUACAAACUACUUUGUUGACAACUCUUCCAUCUGUGAUUUUCUGAUGUUUCCCAGUGAAUCAUCGACAAUGGAAGCCGCCCCAGUAGGUGCCACAAAAUCCAUGGAAAAGUCCAAAAGAUCCCGCACGGCCUUCACCAGCCAUCAGCUUCUGGAACUGGAGCGGGAGUUCCAUUUGAACAAAUACAUGUCACGGACACGACGCAUUGAGAUUUCCCAGCGACUGAAUCUGACCGAAAGACAGGUGAAGAUCUGGUUCCAGAAUCGCAGGAUGAAGUCCAAGAAGUUGGCCAAUAAGCUGGUGGCCAAGGGAGUUCUGACCCCCACAAAGUUGUGCGACCUGCCACCAAGGGAAGAUCUAUUGGAGCACGAACAUAUUGUGGAACGUCUUUUGCAAUAUGUGAACACAACGGUGGAGAGUGUGCCCCAACCAGAAGUAGAGCACACCGGGAUGCCUCUACCACCUGCUGGUGUGCCCCUGCAACAAGGACACAUAACGCCACCCUACCAGGCGUAUGACUACCUUCAGGAGUUCUGUCCAGCCCCCUUGACGAUCGCAGAGAUGCCCAUCAACCAACUGGAGCCGCCGAUCAAUCAAAUGACUCAAAAUUGGGCCAGCAAUUGGUUUGCGCCUGAAUCUACCUCGGAACCCCAAAACCUACCGAUUCCCAGCUCCAAUCCCUACGCCCCAGAUCUUUUUAUGGGUCAAAAUUUGUGCUGGGAUUCGAAUAGUAGCUCUUCUGGGGCGUCCCUGCAGGUGGACUUUGAUUUCAUACAGAAUUUGAUAGACUUUUAAGACAUUUUUGUAUAUAAUAUAAUUUUGUUGUUACCCAA